AUGUCUACGGUUCCGAGGAAGACCUGGUACAAAAUCCAAUGGUACUCGGAUGAUGAUACACCUGAAGAGCGCAAAUUUAUUCUCAAGCUAGACACAUUCUUGAUCCCAUAUUUGCUUGUCGCUUACUGGAUCAAACACAUUGAUCAGGCAAAUCUAAGCAAUGCCUACGUGGGUGGUAUGAAAGAAGAGCUUGGCUUUUAUGGUAAUGAGCUUGUGACUUUCAACACCUUGUUUAGCGUGGGGGUCGUGGUGGGCCAGAUCCCCUUUGUUUUUCUCUUUACGUAUCUUCCUAUGUACUGGAUCAUCCCGGGCAUGGAUAUUGCUUGGGGUGUGUUCACUCUCUUGCAGUAUCGUGCGCAGUCAUUCGGGGAAGUUGCCACCUAUCGCUUUUUCGUAGGCUUCUUUGAGGCUGGCUUCUUUCCAGCAGUGCACUAUGUUCUUGGUUCAUGGUACCGAGGCCACGAAAUUAAUCGACGAGGCGGGCUCUUCUAUUCUGGCUAUGGCUUGGGUUCCAUGACAUCUAGCCUCAUUGCUUCCGCUGCUUCAGCGCGGCUCGAGGGAGUUCACGGUAUGGCUGGUUGGCGAUGGCUAUACAUCAUAUGCUUUGCCAUGACUAUCCCCGUUGGCAUCUUGGGCUACUUUCUUAUCCCGGGAACCCUCGCAAAACCGAACAGAAUACUCCUCAACGAAGAGGAGCUCGAAAUCGCUAGAAAACGACUCGAGCGCGACGGCCACAAAGUUGGAGCCAAGCUCAAAUUCCAUCACAUUAAACAUACUGUUAAGACCCCACGGUUUUGGACGGUCGUCCUUAUCGACAUCCUUUGGAAGAGCGCCGGUGCCUAUAAGAAACAGGGAGCAUAUCUCCUUUGGAUCAAGAGCUUGAACCGGUAUAGCAAUGCUAGGGUCAAUGAGCUGGGCUCCAUCGCUCCAGGCCUGGGCAUAGCCUGGGCAUUGAUAGCUUGCUUCGCCUCUGAUCUCCUCAUCGGGCCAGUUUGGGCUAUUUCUUUCUCUUCCCUUUGGAACACAGUUUGUUGUCUUAUCUUGACCAUAUGGAACGUACCAGAAAGCGCCAAGUGGUUUGCAUUCACUACUUCCUUCUGGGCAAACGCCAUGUCAGCAGUCUUUCAUGGCUGGGUCAACGCUCUCCUUCGAGAUUCACCAGAAGAGCGAGCGUUUACACUAGUUACGAUCAACACGUUUGCGGAGGCUUUCAGUGGGUUUAUUCCGCUAGCAGUUUUCAAAACAGUUGAGUCACCUACCUUUCCUAAGGGGUAUCCGUUCUGUCUAGCAUGCGCGAUUGGGGUGAUCAUCUUUACACUUGCACUGAACUGGUAUGAGAAGCAAACUACUAAGGAGAGAUCGCCGAUCGAGGAAAGUGGGAGCAACAUUGAAACUGGAAGUGAACGGGACGGAGAGCAGGUUGCUGUCAGUAUCAACCCCAAGAAGUAA